CCACCUUCUUGAUUCCAUCCUCAACUCCCCCGACUUACCGCCUUAUCUAUCACUAUGCGGUCCAAGUUCAAGGACGAGCACCCUUUUGAGAAACGCAAGGCAGAGGCCGAGCGUAUCCGCCAGAAAUACGCCGAUCGCAUUCCGGUGAUUUGCGAAAAGGUCGAAAAGUCAGAUAUUGCUACCAUCGACAAGAAGAAGUACCUUGUACCUGCAGAUCUCACCGUUGGCCAGUUCGUCUACGUCAUUCGCAAGCGUAUCAAGUUGUCUCCCGAGAAGGCCAUUUUCAUCUUCGUCGAUGAGGUCCUGCCACCGACAGCCGCGCUCAUGAGCAGUAUCUACGAAGAGCACAAAGAUGAGGAUGGGUUCUUGUAUAUCACAUACUCCGGCGAGAACACUUUUGGCGACUGUUAAGCUUUCAACAUAAUCCCCACCGUUGACAACUUUCUCCUCUACAAGGCCGAUGUUCAGAAACCGAGGGGCCUAGGGGAUGAGAGGGCUGGUUUAACUUGACGGUGAUUUCUCUCUUGAAUGCAGGCGUUAUAUCAGGUGUUUCGCAUUUUCUUCAUGACCUUGCUUGGCGAACUUUUUUUUUUUUUUU